AUGGUAUACCCCGGUAAGGUCAGUACAGGACAUGAAAUAGCUUCUAUUCAUUUGGUACUUUGGUUGCUUUUCUCUCCAAUCGUCGGUCUCCGAGAAGCCCUACCUAUGGAUCGACGAAAAGGAGAGAGCUCGAUUCCUGGGGCCGACGACAGCGAGACCCGUUCAAUCUUCUCCAUGCGAGAACUAGAACCCUCUCCUGUGGACGAUUUCCCUUCGGAUCUCGAAACGGGUGAUUAUUUCCCCGAGACACGAACUCCGGGCACCAGAGAGCCUGGCCGGCUCGCGAUCUCGAAGCUAGGUCUCAGUGGCCAUGGGUGGGAUUAUUAUUUGUCUGCAAUUCAGAAGUAUUCCACUUAUCCACCAACGUUUUUCCUCGUCCUGCAUGCCGCCAAUACCUCUCUCAUCCCGCUCGUGACCCGUUCGGUGCCUUCGAGUGAAUCGUACCUUCUCCUUACCAGACCGUUCUAUCAAUCCCCCUCUCUCGAACAUGUGGUCUUGACGAUUCCAAUUCUCGCGCAUAUCGCCUCCGGAGUCGCUCUCCGAAGCAUUAGAGCACGGCGACGAGCGCGAUUGUAUGGCGCCGAGACGCGAAGUCAGAGAUAUCUUAUCAAAUCUUGGCCAAACCCCAGCCUGCAAGCAAAACUCGGAUACCUCAUGAUUCCUCUAUUGGGCACACAUGUUCUCGUGAACCGGGCUGUUCCAUUGGCCAUUGACGGCGGAAGCUCUGGUGUGGGACUGGGGUACGUGGCUCAUGGGUUUGCGAGAAGCCCACUGUUUUGGAAUAUUUUCUACAUGGCCUUUGUUGCAGCAAGCGUUUGGCACUCGGUCGGCGGUUGGGCCGCGUGGAUGGGAUGGAGGGUCACGACUCGCCGAACAGAAAGAAGCCAAAGCAAAGGUCCUAAUGGUGGCUACCUUGGGACGAUGGAAACCUCAGAGGAGAGGCGAAAGAAGAGGAGGACACGGUGGAUCGUACAUGGACUUGCCGCGCUGGGCACAGCACUCUGGCUCGCUGGGGGUCUGGGUGUUGUUGGACACGGCGGCCCAGGAUCAGGAUGGGAGGCCAAAAACUGGGAUGAGCUAUACAAGAGCGUGCCCGUCAUUGGCGGAUGGCUGUAG